GUUAUUUAUUUAUUUACUAUUAUUAUUAUUAUUGAUUUUCUGGCGUACAGAAUUCAACAACCAAGUUAUCUUGAAGUAAUUAUUGCAUCUGCCUCUCAAAAUUCAAAAACCCACCCUUCAUUCUUCAACUUCCCCUCCUCGAAUCCCCUGCCAUGGCUGCCAUUUCGCGGUUCAUAGCUCCGCUUCUAUUGCUCUCUCUCGUCAAUCUCUGCAAUGGAGGUAUUACCAGUAGAUUCAUGAGGAAACUUGAAGCCUCCGUCGAUAUGCCCGCCGAAGCUUUCCCCUCACCCGCCGGUCACAACGCACCGGAACAGGUCCAUAUAACACAGGGAGAUCGCCAUGGCAGAGGCGUUAUAAUUUCUUGGGUGACGCCAUUGUCGCCUAAACCUAAUGUUGUCAGAUAUUGGGCCGCGAAUAGCGACGAGAAGCACGACCACAAAGUACAGUCGAGAAUCACCACUUAUAAAUAUUAUAAUUACACUUCGGGAUUCAUCCACCACGCCACCAUUAAGGAUCUUGAGUACGACACCAAAUACUUUUAUGAGAUUGAGAGUGGCGAUGCAACGCGUCGGUUUUUUUUCACAACGCCUCCCGCCGUCGGUCCUGAUGUUCCAUACACAUUCGGCAUCAUUGGCGAUCUUGGACAGACUUAUGAUUCGAAUCAAACGUUUGAGCACUAUUAUUCAAAUUCGAAGGGACAAGCGGUGCUGUACGUCGGAGAUCUUUCUUACGCUGACAAUCAUCCGUUUCACGAUAACAGGAAGUGGGAUACCUGGGGUCGAUUUGUCGAGAAGAGCACUGCAUAUCAGCCGUGGAUUUGGACCGCCGGUAACCACGAGUUGGAUUUUGCUCCAGAAAUUGGAGAAAACACCCCGUUUAAGCCUUUUACGCAUCGGUAUCACGUCCCUUACAAAUCAGCUCAAAGCACAUCGCCGCUCUGGUAUUCCAUCAAGCGUGCUUCUGCCUACAUUAUAGUCCUUUCUUCUUAUUCUGCUUAUGGAACAUAUACUCCACAAUAUGAGUGGCUACAAAAGGAAUUUACGAAGGUGAAGAGAGAGGAGACACCAUGGUUGAUUGUUAUGCUUCAUUCUCCUUGGUAUAAUAGUUACGAGUACCAUUAUAUGGAAGGGGAGAGCAUGAGGGUCAUGUUUGAACCCUGGUUUGUUCAGAACAAAGUGGAUCUUGUUCUUUCUGGCCAUGUCCAUGCUUAUGAGCGUUCGGAGCGAGUGUCCAACGUGAGAUACAAUAUUACAAAUCGAUUAAGCACUCCAAUUAGAGACAUUAAUGCGCCAAUCUACAUAACAAUUGGCGAUGGCGGCAAUAUUGAAGGCCUGGCUAACCAAUUCACAGAACCACAACCAAGUUACUCGGCAUUUAGGGAGGCAAGCUUCGGACAUGCAGUGCUUGAAAUAAAGAAUCGAACUCAUGCAUAUUAUACAUGGCACCGCAACCAUGACAAUGAGCCUGUUGCUGCAGAAUCGCUUUGGAUAUAUAACAGAUAUUUUUACCCCGAAGAUGAGAGUUCUCAAUAGCUAGCUUUUGAGUAGUCUAACCCAUUCAAAACAAAUAUUUCCUUUUCGCGUUCUGUAGGCCAAUGGUAGUGCCUUUCAAUUUCUACUUUUUUUUUUUUUUUUUUUUUAAUGGUCUGCUAAUUUAAUAUCUUCAUUCCUGUUGCCCACAAAAGUGAAUAAAAAUUAACUAUGGGUUGUACUUA